AUGGGUCACCUCACCGAGAUCAAGCACAGAGAUGCUACCACUGAGAAGGAUCUCGUCAGCGAAGUGAAGAAGGCGCACCUGCAACUUGCCAAUGACGAUGACUGUUUUACCACGUCCGUUUAUGGUUCCAGAUUUGCCAUGAUCGAACUGCCUCGACACGAACUUGCAGAGACUGAGAUGCCUAAGGAGGUCGCGUAUCGCAUGAUCAAAGAUGAUCUCAGCCUGGACGGUAACCCCAUGCUCAACCUGGCGUCUUUCGUCACCACGUACAUGGAGGACGAAGCCGAGAAGCUUAUGACUGAGUCCUUUUCCAAGAACUUUAUCGACUAUGAGGAGUACCCCCAGUCCGCGGAUAUCCAGAACCGCUGCGUCUCUAUGAUCGGUCGCCUCUUCAAUGCGCCUGUCGGAAGCACCACCGAGGGAGGUUCUAUCGGCACUUCUACGGUUGGAAGCUCCGAGGCAAUUAUGCUGGGUGUUCUGGCCAUGAAGCGGCGCUGGAAGAACAAGCGCAUUGCCGAGGGCAAGUCUUACGAGAAGCCAAACCUCGUCAUGUCGUCUGCCGUGCAGGUGUGCUGGGAGAAGGCCACCCGCUACUUUGAAAUUGACGAGAAGCUCGUCUACUGCUCAGAGGAUCGCUAUGUGAUUGACCCAGUGCAGGUCGUUGACCUGGUCGACGAGAACACCAUCGGAAUCUGCUGCAUUCUCGGCACUACCUACACAGGCGAAUACGAGGAUGUGAAGGCAGUCAAUGACCUGUUGAUCGAGCGCGGUUUGGACACUCCCAUCCAUGUCGAUGCUGCUAGCGGCGGCUUCGUUGCUCCCUUUGUUGUCCCCGGCCUCGAAUGGGACUUCCGGCUGGAGCGCGUCGUUUCCAUCAACGUCUCGGGCCACAAGUACGGACUUGUGUACCCUGGUGUCGGUUGGGUUGUGUGGCGUUCCGCCGAGUACCUCCCUCAGGAGCUGGUGUUCAACAUCAACUAUCUUGGCGCCGACCAGGCUUCGUUCACGCUCAACUUCAGCAAGGGUGCUUCGCAGGUUAUCGGGCAAUACUACCAGUUCAUCCGGCUGGGCAAGCACGGAUACCGUGCUAUUAUGUCCAAUCUGACACGCACUGCCGACUACCUCUCAGACUCGCUCCAGGCCCUCGGUUUCGUGAUCAUGUCCAAGAAGUCGGGUGAAGGGCUGCCUCUCGUUGCCUUCCGUCUUUCGCCCAGCAAAACCCGAGAAUACGACGAGUUUGCUCUCGCCCACCAGCUGCGCGUUCGCGGCUGGGUGGUGCCUGCUUACACCAUGGCUCCCCACACGAAUGGCUUGAAGAUGCUCCGUGUUGUCGUCCGCGAAGACUUCACCUGGAACCGAUGUGACUCGCUGAUUGCUGACGUCAAGCUGAGCAUGACGUAUCUGGACGAGAUGGACAAAGCGACGCUCCGCAAGAUCGACGAAUUUGUCCAAAAGCACCACACGGCUGGUAGCCACUCCGUGCACAACCAUCCAAAGUUCCGCAAAGAAAAGCACUCGCUCCAAGGGAAGACGGGCAAAACCCAUGCUGUCUGCUAA